UAGAACUUUAAUGGAGUGGAGUAUCUUCGUUUUAAAGAACCUUGAAAUUUAAUCAUUUCUCAUGGGAUAUCGCGGAUGUGUGCAGUUGGAAAUUGUCUUGCCAUGUAAAUAGAAAAUAGACGCGGUUGUGGUAACAUCCUGCCACUGAAAAUGAAACAUUCUAACAAUGCGAAGUAUGAGAAAUUACCACAGCUACACACCGACAAGGAAUUUAAUGGAGAAACAAUAGGAAGCCCGGAGAGUGGAACCGAAAGGGAGGUGGGCCAAUUGGAAAUGUGGCUCACAACUAGUGAUGCAAGCACUUUGGGUGCAGAAGAGGUAGCAGCCCGUCUCCGUACUGAUGUCCGGAUAGGGCUUCGUUGGAGGGAAGCAGAACUGCGGAGGCAGUUGGCUGGAUUUAAUGAGCUUACAGUCAAAGAAGAAGAACCAACAUGGAAAAAAUAUAUAGAACAAUUCAAAAAUCCCCUAAUCAUGCUGCUUUUAGCCUCAGCACUAGUGAGUGUGGGCAUGAAACAGUUUGACGAUGCAGUCAGCAUAACUGUGGCCAUUAUUAUAGUUGUCACUGUGGCCUUUGUUCAGGAAUACAGAUCAGAAAAGUCAUUAGAAGAACUUACGAAGCUUGUCCCACCAAGUUGUCAUUGUUUACGAGAAGGUCAGCUGGAAACAUUUCUUGCUCGAAAUCUGGUUCCUGGUGAUAUUGUGCACAUUAAUGUAGGUGACAGAGUACCUGCUGACAUCAGAUUGUUUGAGGCAAUUGAUUUAGCUAUAGAUGAAAGCAGUUUCACAGGAGAAACAGAACCUGCAGGGAAGAUGACAACUCCAGUGCUGAAAUCAAAUGGACACACAUCCAAGAAGAAUAUUGGGUUCAUGGGUACUCUUGUUAGGUGUGGCAAUGGUAAGGGGAUUGUAGUAAACACAGGAGAAAAAUCUGAAUUUGGUGAAGUUUUCAAAAUGAUGCAAGCAGAAGAGGCUCCAAAAACUCCACUUCAGAAGAGCAUGGAUAUUUUGGGAACCCAGUUAUCCUUCUAUUCGUUUUGUAUAAUUGGUCUCAUAAUGAUACUCGGUUGGAUUCAGGGACGACCUAUUCUAGACAUGUUCACUAUUGGUGUGAGUCUGGCAGUAGCAGCGAUCCCUGAAGGACUCCCAAUUGUUGUUACUGUCACAUUGGCACUUGGCGUCAUGAGAAUGGCAAAACGCAAUGCUAUUGUCAAGAAAUUACCUACAGUUGAAACUCUGGGUUGUGUAAAUGUAAUUUGUUCUGACAAAACUGGAACCAUUACAAAAAAUGAAAUGACAGUCACUGUUAUAGUGACGUCUGAUGGUUAUCUUGCUGAGGUGUCUGGUGCAGGGUACAAUGACCAAGGAGAAAUCCACAUCCAUAAAUGUGACAGCUUGGAUAAAGCUAGGGAAUCUAUUUGUAAUGUUCUCGAGGUUGGUUGUGUGUGUAAUAAUGCUGUGAUAAAUGCUGAUACUCUCCUUGGACAGCCCACCGAAGGAGCUCUUCUUGCUGCUGGCAUGAAGCAUGGGAUGUAUGGUGUGGCAGACAAAUAUGUCCGCCUACAAGAGUACCCCUUCAGUUCUGAACAGAAAAUGAUGGCUGUGAAAUGUGUUCCAAAGUAUGGAGAUAAAAAAGAAGAAAUAUAUUUUGUGAAAGGUGCUCUGGAAAAAGUGCUACAACAGUGUACCAAGUAUGCAUCAAAUGGAGUUCUUCACCCAUUGAAUACAAAGAAGGAGCAAGAUUACCUUGCUGAGGCAUACGAAAUUGGAAGAAAGGGACUUAGGGUUGUUGGCAUGGCACAAGGAUCUUCACUUCAGGACUUGGCAUACAUUGGCUUGGUUGGGAUAUGUGAUCCUCCUCGCCCAUUUGUCCGAGAAAGUAUCCAGACUCUCUUACAGUCUGGAGUGAAGGUUAAACUUGUCACUGGUGAUGCACAAGAGACGGCAACAGCCAUUGCUUCUAUGAUAGGACUUGAUACUAUCCAUUCACAAGUUCUGUCAGGAGAUCAGAUUGAGACCAUGACCGAACAUCAGUUAGAGCAAGUUGUAAACAGUGUGAGCGUGUUCUACCGAGUUACACCGAGGCACAAGCUCUGCAUUGUCAAGGCUUUACAGCGAAAUGGUAUCAUUGUUGGGAUGACAGGUGAUGGUGUCAAUGACGGCGUAGCUCUCAAGAAAGCUGAUAUUGGCAUUGCUAUGGGAAAGAAUGGAACAGAUGUGUGUAAGGAAGCAGCAGACAUGAUCCUUGUGGAUGAUGACUUCCAUACAAUCAUCUCUGCAAUUGAAGAAGGGAAAGGCAUUUUUUAUAACAUCCGUAACUUUGUAAGGUUCCAACUCAGCACCAGUAUUGCAGCACUGUCCCUCAUUGCUCUUGCCACACUUAUGGGAAUUCCAAAUCCUUUAAAUGCCAUGCAGAUUCUGUGGAUUAACAUCAUCAUGGAUGGACCUCCAGCUCAGAGUCUUGGUGUCGAGCCAGUGGAUAAGGAUGUCAUAAAGCAGAAACCUAGGAAUGUGAAGGAACCGAUGAUCACUCGCUCACUUAUCAUUAAUGUCUUACUUUCUGCUUUCAUCAUCAUUGCUGGAACUCUCUGGGUUUUCAAGAGGGAGAUGAGUGACAACAUAAUAACACCCAGAGAUACCACUAUGACCUUCACAUGCUUCGUGUUUUUUGACAUGUUCAAUGCUCUCAGUUGCCGAUCACAGACAAAAUCUAUCUUCACAAUUGGCUUGUUAAGUAACCGUAUGUUCCUUCUGGCGGUAACACUCUCUGUGGUUGGUCAGAUGCUGGUCAUUUACUUUCCACCCCUGCAGAAGGUAUUCCAGACAGAAGCUCUCACAUUUAAAGAUAUCUUGUUCCUGGUGAGCCUGACAUCUACAGUGUUUAUCAUCUCAGAACUGAAGAAGAUGCUGGAGAGACAUCUUGAGAAGCGCCACAAAUCCGUCAAGUCAGAUCUCGAUUUUGUAUGACAGUUAAGGAAAACCAGGAAUAAGGCCCGCGUAGACUAAGAUUUUAUCUAUCAUAAUAGAGAAUAUUUCUUGAUGUAAAAGUCUAUCCUAAAAAUGGGGAAGGGUCUCUUCUGGUGCAACAGUUUGAGAACAAAUAACUAUCUUGAACUUGGCAGCAUUUCUUAAAAUGAAAAACUGGUAAUGUCUAGUAAAAUAUUUAUUUUGCAUUGUUGCAAGUCCUGUGUCAUAAUUAUGAUGAAUUUGAAGUCAUUUGCAUAGUGUAACCACGGUAAAGUACAUAAUUUAUGUUUGUAUUAAUUGAUGGCAGUGGCUUACAUUUCACUUACAUUGUUUUUAUUGCAAAUUUGUUUGCUUUUUUCUCUCCAGGUCCUAUUUGAUGAAUGUGAUAGGGUAAAUAUAUUAUGAACAGGAUUACACCAGUGCAUUUAUAUGUUUUACUGACAUACUGUCUUAAUUCAAAAUAAGAUAUAACAUGUAUUACAUGUCUUAACCAUUACUGAAGCAAAACACAAUGGAGGAUCUGUGAUAUAAGAAUUGAAAGCAGUGUGCUGAUAAUUCUCAAGUAUGAUAGUAAUUAUGCAUACUAUAAACUAACUAUACGAAGCUGAGUAUAAAUCUCGGUAUUCAUACGUACAUGAUGCUGUGAAGUGCAGGUUUGUACGAGUGUGAAUUAUAUAAGCUGGCUAUGAAGGCGUUAAAGUGAAUGCAAAAUCUUAUAACAGGAGGAAUAUUGUUAAGAAAUUGUAAACAGUAAAUAAAGUAAGAAAUUAAAGAAAAGGACUUGUAGAAGAAUAAAUCUAGUUAUUAAGUGUUUUAUUAAAGUAUUACAUAUGAUAUUUGUGGAAUCUUUCAAGGAUGAGUUUCUUGACAAAUAGUUAACUGAACCAAAGAUGAUUCAUAGGUCACAUUUUUCUCAACAGACUAUAGGUUUUUGUAUAGUAGAUGCAGCCAGUAAAUAUGUAAAAGGUUUCUGCUAGCAAAUGGUCUUACCUGCAGUCCUGUUUUAUUGGUGCAUGGUAUAAUUCUCAUUACAGAUAGGGUAUAGUAUCCAAUUAAUUGUUUUUUAUGCCCACUUUAAUGACGUGUGGUUUAUUAGAACCAUUAGUAUAUACGUGAGUGCCACUUUGAAUGUUCAUAGACAUUCCUCAUACUUUUUGAAUGUUAAUGUUAAAGACUUGAAUUUAAAGAACUGUAUUAGAGGUGUUUGAACACAGAGUUUCUGGCCUCUUCAGUCAAUAUUUGGAAGUAGUACUGUGAGCAUCUGCUUUUUCGGUGUGUGUAAUCUGUUUUGAAUAGAUGCAGUGUAGUAAUUUGUAAAUGUUGGUGAAAUUAAAUAUUGAUGUUAGGUGUAGGCCGAUUGUAUGUUUGUAAUUUUGAUGUUUCAAAAAAAAAAAUUAGGUACCACUAGCUAUUCUAAUGGUUAAAUUGUCACUCUUAGUAUGGGAUUAUGAGAACUUCCGGAAGUGUACUUGAAAGGCUAACAUUUGUGUUACCAUUUGAAGCACAAAACCUUACAGAUAUGUUGUUGGGGGAGUUUGGUUAUGUAUCCUGUUAGUUUCCAACAUACCAAAAAAAUAAUUUAUAAGGUGUAAUUUUCUUUUUCCCAUAAUACAGUCUAUUAUUAUUCUGAUAGCAUUGUAUUUCUUACCAUAGUACACAAAUGUAUGUUAACUUCAUGAUAAAAUCUAGGAUGAUUAUUUCAAAGUAAUAUUUAACAAAAGUAUUAUGGAUUAGUGGUUAGUUUCUCAGACAUCAGCAUUUAUACCACGUAUGUGUACCAAAUCAAUGAUUCUUUAAGAAAAUGUGUGAAUUCUUAUUAAUUUUUAAUUUUGCCAUGACCCAUUCUCAUGUUCUGGUCAUAAUCCUAACUUUAUUUUACCAUUCCAUUAUAUAGAAUUUGAGAAUUUAUUUGUUUGUGUGUAGAACUAUGUGUAAAGGAUCAUACAAAUUCAAGUGUCUGAUGUAUCCAGAUUUAUACUAUCUGUGAUACAUUUCUUUGUAACUGAAUGCCAGUUUCAGGUGUGUGCAAUACACAAGUGGUAUAGAUAUGAUGUAUUGAAAUAAUAAUUAAAUAAAAAUUUUCUGCUCGUAAAUUUGUUCAUGAUCUCAGAAUUAUAUAGAAUUAUAAUAAUUAUGCUGUCGGUAUAACUUUUAUAAUUUGUUUGAAAGUAUUAUUUAAAAUACUGUAAGUUAUAAACUAAUAGCAUAUAGAAUUGGGGCACUGUGGAUUCAUAUAAUAUAUUUUAAAAGUUUUUAAAUAUUUUGUAUCAGUACUUUAAACAAAUUGUUAUUUCAAGAAUUUGGGCUUUUUGUGGCCCAAUAACUCAGCUUCAAAUUUGUGUAAUGCUAUUGAUAUGUGUUGCUUAAAUGUAUUAAAUACUUAUGAAAGUAAGGAAAGUUGCACUGACAGUGUAAUUAUUAGCAUUUUUUGUUGAUUUAAAAAAUGGUUGAAAUAUCAUCCAUAUCAGUUCUUACUUCAAGAUGUAUGAAGGAUAAUCAUACUGAAAGACAAGGUUCAUUGGAAUAAUUUGCUGUAGAUUGUCUUUGAAUGAAAUUUAAUAAUUAUGCAGAGGAGCAUACCUCAGAAAUGGUAAAUGGCUAAGAAGGGGAAAAUAUGCCUAUUUGCAUGUUACUGUAUGCCCAUAUUAACAUAUGGUGCAGCAACAAAAACAUGGAUGAUUGUAGAUAUGAGGUUUUUUAGGAAAUAUAGACACAAAUCCCAAAAGUGAUAGAAUAAGAAACAAAAGAAUUAAAGAGAAUGUAAACUUAAUAGACAAACUUUCAAAUAACUUAAUCAAAUGAUAUGGAAACUUUUAAGAAUGAAUGAAGAGAGAAUUCCAAAGAAGGUUUUAAACUUGAACAUGAAAUGAAGAGGGAGACCAAGAUUAAGGUGGGACCAUCAGGUUAGGAAAGAUGUUGCACAGAGGGAAGGAAGAACAUGGAGGACACUGAGGAGGAGAUGUGGGAAGACAGAAAUAGAUGUAGAGUUUUUGGUUUUCAGAAGAUCCACGUAAAGUGAUUACAACAUUAACUGUGAAGAGAGUAAGGAAAAUGAAAUUGUAAUUAAGAUAAAUUAAUUAUUAUGUGUGCACAUCGACUUUUGAUCACUUUGUAUUUUGGAUUUUUCAUCACAGUUCUGUCAAGGGCUUAUUGCAGUGCAUCAGUAUUUUUGUUUUGAAUUGUACUAGAUCAUCCAAUAGAGCACCAACUUCAGAAUGCAGGAUGUCUUGGUAUGGUCCUUUGCCUGAAGGAGAGUUAACACCAUCAAAAUGUAUACAAUUUUUCAGUCUGUGUGUGGCAUAUUGAGAAGCAUACCCAUUGCUGACGAGAAUGUUGCCUUGGCAAGGUUCAGAAAGAGAAAUGUAUUUAAAAAUAUAAUUUUACAGAUUGCAUUGUGUGAUGAGAAUCGACCGAGUUUUCUGUGGCCCCGGUAUUAUAUUUCACAAUUUUGGUUUCCUGUAUUAUUCUGUAUGGGUAACAGGUAAAUCAAAAUGUGAGGACAUACAAGAGAUUCUUUGAUAUUACCUAUGCUUGACACCAUUUAUGUUUAGUUGGGAUAGUCUGUUGUAGUCCAGUUCAAUUCUCACGAUAAGAGAACACUUAUUAACUUCACUUUAACAUGCUUAUUGACGCAUAACCUGUUACUUGUUGCUAUUUUCUCACUUGCAUCAUGACAGUGUAUAGAUUAAGUAUAACAUAAAAUGAGUAACGCAGAUGCAUUGAUGAAUGAAUGUAAUUGUUUCUAAUAACAAGGGAUGUAAGUUUGAGUGAAAGAAUGAAUGAAUUCACAUUCAGACUUCCUAGUGCUCUCGUACUUUGAAUAGGUUCUGAAGCCGUGUGUUUACAUGUAUUUCCUGUAAUCUGUUUUCAAGUUUCUGACUCUGUGACACUGAACUGAGAGAGACUAAUAAAAGUGUGCAUUUUUUUCACUUGUGUCAGUGAACCACAUUACUAUAGAUUUUAUUUAUUUGUUGCUGCUAAUUGUUAUGAAUUAUUAGCAUUGUUAUAUUUUUUGUGAAAGCUUGUUACUUUUGUAUAUCACAGUACUCCAAUGUGUUCUCAUUUGUGUAUUCUGAUUUCCAUUAUGUUUUGGUAACUGCAUCUAGCAUUCCUGUGUGCUUCGUAUUUGACGUGCUGGUAAAUGUAUUUUUGAACGUUGUACUAGAAAGAAUACACAGCUUCCUCAGUUAA